AUGAUUGUCCAAAAGACAUGGCCGCAAUACAUUGCGGUGCGUCUGCUAAUCAUCAUGAUGAGGGACCUGGGGCUUCUAGGCCUGACUUACUUCUAUGUCGUAUUCGCAUUAGGCGGCGUCAAGGCUAUUGCUCAUCCAGUUUCCAUCUUCAUCGAAGUCAUUGCCGCCAUCGAAAUUCUUUUUUACUUGCUCUUCUUCCUACCGUACAAACGACACUUGCAAACUUACAAGCCAUACAUGCCCGCCCCAAUGAGUCGAUCACAACGCGCUCGAUUAUUCUCCAAGGCCUUGAGUCUCGUGCCAGAUGGCGAGGAAUUUGUUCGCAUGUGGAUGCUCAAUGCACAUAUGGAGGACAUACGCCGCGAAAACCUAAAAGAUUGGCUGCUAUGGGCUUUGUUUGAACAGGACAAUACAGCUGGACGCCCUACUAAGGAAGUUGAAGCCGAACUCGAAGGGUACGUCGACGACACUGAAGAAAAGUUUGGAAUCAAAUUACGCCCGGGAAGAGGAGAUGCUGAAGCCCUGAAACUCGCCUUCGACCCUGUGAUCAUUCAACAUCGGAGCUUGCUUUAUUACCUGGUCAUUGGACUUUUCGACAACUUGAUGGCUUUAUAUCUUCUUACUCAAGGCUAUUGCUACUACAAGCAGUCAUUCUCAACCUUCUUCAAGGUUUUCCCAGUUCGGUUCAUCAACCUCUUCCCUUUCAAACAGUCCGCGGCGAGCAAAAUGUCCUACUGGUAUCGACCUCACAAGUCAGCAACGCAACGUCCUGUCGUAUUUAUCCAUGGCCUGGGUGUCGGCUUGAUCCCAUACAUGUUUUGGCUCAACACAAUUCCUAAGGACGUCGGAAUUCUAGCAGUCGAGAUGCUGCCAAUUUCUUCUCGUGUCACCACGUGGCCAUUGCCAUCAACACCCGAACUCUGCGAGAUGAUUGCAAAGUGUGUGGCACAGCAGCGAGCUUCGCAACCCGCGCCUGGAGUCGGAGAAAGAGGAGCAUGGGAUGACUUUGUUCUUGUCGGUAACAGCUACGGAACCUUGUUGAUGGGCCAACUACUACAAAGAGCAGAUUUUGCUCCGCGAGUUGCGGCAUCAAUCUUGAUUGACCCAGUGUCGUUGCUCCUUCAUCUCCCGGAUGUCGCUUUCAACUUUACUCGCAGGGAGCCUAAGCCGUCGAUCCGUGGGAGAACAGGACACGGCAAUGAAUGGGAGAUAUGGUGGGCAAGUGCAACCGACGCCGGGACAGCAUACACACUUGCUCGGAGGCUCUGCUGGCGGGAAUCUCUUAUGUGGCGCGAGAUGCUCACUCCAAGCCUGCGGAAUGUUGAGGCUGGCUACUAUGCGUCUGGCUCGCCAGAAGAAACUGCGAUAUUCGGCAAUGGUAUUCAAGCCGGAAUGCGCAGCACCGUUGUGUUGGGAGGGGAAGACUGCGUAACUAACCCAAGAGCAGUAGCAAGUUAUGUCUAUUCCGGAGACGUGAAGUGGACGAUGGAUGAUUUAGAGUCGUGGAAAGACUACGAGUGGAGCGGAACAGAGGAGUUGGAGCUAAUGUUCUUGGAUGGAAAGGACCAUGGGCAGGGCAUCAUGGUUCCUUAUCCUUUUAAGCCUAUCCAAACAGUCAUCGAGACAUAUUGUAGGAGGGAUGACGGAUUUAAAGCAUUCGGGGAUAAGUUCAUAGGUGGACCUGAAAGUAUUUAUGGCCUUCGAGUACACAGAGACGAGGUUGUUGAGCUGAAGAACCUCUAA